UAUUUUCUCACGUGCAAGCGCACCCCAUUGGUUCCACUGCCAAGCUUCCCCCACUUCGCCAAUUUCUUGACGCAUUUCAUUUCCAUAUUAGCUGAAACAAAAUUCCUAGAGAGAAUAGAGAGAGAUAGAGCGCCGGAGCAUUUUGAUCUACGAAACAGGGGUCGACGUCGACCUGAUAUCAAAGCGAACCCUAGAAUCAAAAGACCAUGUGGAGAAGACUCUGUACACAGUUCCCAGUCCAUUGCCGAUCGCUUUCCAAUCCAAAUCGGUUCGUCGCCGGCAAUGUCUCUUCUUCUCCCUCGCCGUUUCCGCCAUCCGCCACUUCCUUCUCUCGCCGUUUCUCUUCCGCUUCUGCAGAGAAUGUAGUUUCCAAGAAGAGAGUUGAAGAUAUAAUGCCUAUUGCCACUGGACACGAGCGCGAAGAGAUUGAAGCUGAGCUUCAAGGACGUAAAAUUCUGGAUGUUAACUUUCCUGUUGGUCCUUUUGGUACGAAGGAAGCACCUUCUGUCAUCAAGUCCUAUUAUGGCAAAAGGAUUGUUGGAUGCCCUGGCGGUGAAGGCGAGGAUGAGCAUGAUGUGGUUUGGUUCUGGCUAGAGAAAGGCAAGCCGCACGAAUGCCAUGUGUGCUCGCAGUAUUUUGUGUUGGAAGUGGUUGGCCCAGGAGGUCCUCCAGAUGGGCAUGACGAUGAUGACGAGCACUGAUUGCAGUUCUGCCAGAAAGAAAUCUGGUGAGACGAUGAUACAGAGUCUGGUCUAUGAAUUCAAAAGCUGUGUUUUGUUUGCUUUUGAUUGAUGGGUCUUCAGUUCUCAUUGCUGAUGCAUUGGCAAGAUUGAGUCCCAUAUAGUUCUCUCUUAUUUUGGAUAUUAAACAUGGGCUGGUGAUUUCUUAGCAUUUUGGAUUCUUUUAGUUUUCUCCAAAGCAUCACCAAAUAAUUGAUAGCUACAAUCUUUGUUCUUUUGAAAAAAUUAGUUGUUUUAGUAAGCAGUGGAUUUACCAUCAUUGUAGUAGCCACACCUCUUUGGUGGUUGCUUCAUUACGAGAUUGUAUAAUGCAAGGGAUUUGACUUUCUUACUAAUGGAAUCGACAAGGAUUUUUCUCCAAAA